AUGUCCUACGAUCGUUUGUAUAUUUUGCUAGUUAUCUUGUUCUGCAAUGCUUCGAACAUUAGGUGAGCUGAUAAUUAACAAGCAAAGAAACUAUUUAUUUAUUUGCUAUUUUACUUUCCUGUUCCCAAAUUUCCUGUCGAGGAUCAUUAUAGAUAAGGACUGGUUUUCUUUCACUGUUAUUUUCCCGCUAUGAGACCACCUGCUCCAUCAAAAUUUUCUAGAUGAUCCUCAAAAUCUCACCACACCAAGAACCCAUGGAUUUCUGCACGUAGCAGAGUGACGGCACCACCUAUCUCUGUUCAUAUACCUUCUAAAGAGGAUGGCCUGCCUGCAUGAACCCUAAUGUUCUUCAGUUUUGAUGCGCAGAAUAUCGGCCUUACCUGUUCAUUUGUUUGUUUCAGAAAGGAUGGCUCGCGUGAAUGCAGUCUGGGAAGCGAUGAACAGCGGGCUACCCUCAAAGGCACCAAGGAAAUUAACAACCAAACCGAUUCCAACCGAAGAUAAAACAGCGAAAAAGUCAACCCCUGUGAGCAUGCAUGCUGACUCUGAUGAUUUUCCUCCCGCUGAUUAGUUGGAUGUUGGCUAUAUUUAUGUCCAUAGUUAAUCAAAAGGACUCAUGACCUCUGGGCGUCGUGCAGGAGUGGAUGGUGGCUCUCGGGCUUGUCUCUAAGAAGCCUCCAUCCCACCCUGGUGACAAGGGAAAGAGGACCAGCGAUGUGUCCAGUGUCGACAGUGAGGAGGCAAAGAAGCUCGCAGCGGCAGCCCUCUCAGCAGUGAGAGACGUCACUUCCGCUGCCAACUCUGCAGUGAAAGGCAGAGUAGAAGUAAGUGCAUGGUUUUGUUUUGCUCUAUUUAUCCUAUCUCAAUGUGAAAAGAAUAAUUACGAUCAAUAUUUAUUUCUUCAAUGUUUCUCUCUCUCUCUCUCUCUCUCUCUCUCUCUCUCUCUCUCUCUCUCUGUGAUUUACUUCUGCCCAGUAACCUCUUUCUGUGGUGGUGAUUGUGACGCCUCUAGCAGAUAACGGAGGUCAGGGACUUUGCAGGGGAGGAAGUGGAGGUGAAGAAGCUAGUCGACGCCGACUCGAAGGAGGCAGCUGAGAAGGCCAAGGCAGUGGCUUCUGCGCCCACUGCCCUCGACAGCAUCUUGGAGCAGAUAAAGAAGAAGCAGAAGCUCAGCGUGCUUGACAAGACGAAGAAGGACUGGGGGGAAUACAAGGAGGACAAGGGCCUGGAGGAGGAGCUCGACGCCUACAAGAAGAGCUCCAACCAGUACCUCGACAAGGUCUCCUUCUUACAGCGAACAGAUUUCCGGGAGUUUGAGCGUGAGCGGGAUGCUCGGCUGGCCAUCCAGGCGAAGAGGAGGCCCGACAUGCACGACGAUGACGAUGCAUAG